GUCGUCAAACGUCAAUCGCCGAUUGGUUGUCAAAACAACCACCGGUUGCAAACUAAUUAAUGUUUUUAUGAAUUAACCAAUCUGGAAGUGAGAACAAAAAAUCCGCCCCUAAUAGAACGGCGCCAACCACCGGUUCGUGGUCCAGUUAUGGUAACAAGUGAAAGUGAUCGUGUGUCCGAAUUGCAGUCAUAAGAUGAGCAAAAUGUCGAAGAACAAGCUGAACCUGACGUUACCGCCGGGUUCGGUUGACCAGACGCCGACUGUGACGCCGACGAACCCGUCGUACCACGACCAGAACAGCCAGCCGACGGACCUGCUGAGAGGCACCAGCAUUGACCACUUGACUGCCCAUUUGGAGGAGCUGGACAUGGACGACACGCAGAGACGCAAGGUCGAGGUCUUUCUCUGGCAGAAGGAGAAGAUAGGCGGUGAUCUUGGCGACGACGAUCUCGAGAAGUUGGGCGAAUUGGGUUCAGGCAAUGGGGGUGUGGUUACCAAGGUACGUCACAAGACAUGUGGACUGAUCAUGGCCAGGAAACUGAUCCACUUGGAGGUGAAGCCACCAGUUAAAAAGCAAAUUAUUAGAGAGCUGAAGGUUUUACAUACAUGCAACUUUGCCCAUAUUGUUGGUUUUUAUGGGGCUUUCUAUAGUGAUGGUGAGAUUAGCAUAUGUAUGGAAUAUAUGGAUGCUGGAUCAUUGGAUUUGAUUUUGAAAAAGGCUGGACGUAUCCCUGAAAAUAUACUAGGCAAAAUAACCUCCGCAGUAUUGAAAGGCUUGAGCUACUUGAGGGAAAAACACUCCAUUAUGCACAGAGAUGUUAAACCAAGCAACAUUCUGGUCAACAGUAGCGGAGAGAUCAAAAUUUGUGAUUUUGGAGUGUCUGGUCAACUUAUAGAUUCAAUGGCAAACUCAUUUGUUGGCACUCGUAGCUACAUGUCGCCCGAAAGACUACAAGGAACGCAUUAUUCUGUGCAGAGUGAUAUUUGGUCCCUGGGAUUGUCGCUGGUUGAAAUGGCCAUCGGAAUGUAUCCGAUUCCUACGCCAGAUGCCAAAACAUUAGCUGCAAUAUUUCAACAAAGGAAUGGUGCCGAUUCGCCCGACAGUACUUUGAGUCAACCCAGACCAAUGGCUAUUUUUGAACUUCUCGAUUAUAUAGUUAAUGAACCGCCACCUAAACUUCCUUCAGGAGUCUUCACUGACGAGUUCAAGGAUUUCGUGGAUAGAUGCCUUCGGAAAAAUCCAGCCGAAAGGGCCGACUUGAAAACUUUAAUGAAUCAUCCUUGGAUCAAAAAAGCAGAGUCUGAAGAUGUGGAUAUUGCCAGUUGGGUCUGCAAAACCAUGGACAUUCAUCCGCCUAACAAAGCAUAAUUAUAUUUUAAUUUUCAGUCAAUAUUGAAUAUGUAUGUGUAUAUAAGUAAUAGAAUUUUAUUGAUGUAUAUUUUACCAAGUAUGUAAUUUAUUCGUAAUUUAUAUGUGUUAAAAUUAAUAUUUUAGUAUUUCAUUUGUGAUAAUAUAUACUUAAAAGCCUUGCAUAAA